AUGGGUAGUAACUCGAACCAAUAUGACUUUAUUAUUGUGGGAGCUGGUCCUGCUGGAUGCACUCUGGUCUCUUCAUUGUCAAAAGCAAAAAGUAAACCAAGAGUGUUGCUGCUGGAAGCCGGAGGCAAAAAUGAUGCGAAAUCGCUGCGCGUCGACGGCCAACGUUGGAGCACACAAUUCGUCGAGCAAAUGAACUGGGGAUAUAAAACUGUGCCCCAGAGGCAUUGCCAUAACCGUGAACUGCCGUUUUCACGCGGCAAGGGUUUAGGCGGAAGUUCAGCAAUCAACUUUGAAUCUUGGGCUUAUGGUGCUCGAGAUGAUUAUGACAAGUGGGCUGAAGAAGUGGGAGACGAUGCGUUUGGGUGGGAAAGGAUUCAACAGCGUCUGAAGGCUCUUGAGUGCCUUGACAAAGGGAGCUGUGCAGUGAGGGACAAAGACGGUACAGUUUAUGCUGAAUCAAAACCUACAAACCAUGGGUUCAAUGGGCCCUUGAGGGUGGGAUUUGCUCCAGAAUGGGAGGCAGAUCUCCCGUUGGUACUGGAUAUCUUUGAGCAAGCAGGGUUCGAAAGGAAUUUGGACGUUAAUGAUGGAAAUCCACUGGGGAUGUCCCUCCUAGUCAACUCGUCCUCGCUUGGUCUCCGGUCAACUGCGGCUGAUCUGCUCAUCAAUGCUCCUGAUAACCUGCUGAUCGUGACAAACCAGCCCGUCCAACGUGUCAUCUUCGAUGGAAACCGAGCAGCUGGUGUUGAGUCGAAGGAGUCUCAGUUUGUCACAGACUUUGCGGAAAAAGAGGUCAUCCUCUGUGCCGGGACCGUUGAGACGCCCAAGAUAUUGAUGCUUUCGGGAAUUGGCCCAGCAAGUGAACUACAAAGGUUCCAGAUUCCGAUAGUCAGUCCCAUUUCAGCCGUUGGACAGAAUCUCAUCGAUCACUUCAUCGCGCCUCUGAUUCUCAGGCGAAAUCCCCAGACGAACGACCGCAACUCGUUCUUCCGUGAUCAAAAGGCCAUGGACGAUGCGAUGAAGCAGUGGGAGAAGGACGGCAGUGGGCCUUGGGCUCGCUACAGCUGUCAAAAUGCUGCUGGCUGGUUUAAAUCAGAUCCGAUCAGCUCAUCAGAGGAAUUCCAGCUGCUGCCAGAAUCGGUGCAGGAGUUUCUCAACCGGCCAACAAUCCCGCACUACGAACUCAUCUCGCACUUCCCCAUCCAUUUCGUCUUUCCGGGGUUAUUUGGCGAUGACUACAGCUACCUUGCCUUUGCUAUGGUUGUAAUGAACCAGCAAUCGUCUGGUGAAUUACGGCUGCAAUCGGCGGACCCGGAGGAGCCUCUGCUUAUUGAUCCGAAUUUCCUGGAUCAUCCCUACGACCGUCGCUGUUGUAUCGAAAUAUUUCGUCAUAUGUCGGCGGUUAUCGAUCAUCCGUCGUUUGCAAAAGACACUACAGGUGUUAUCCUGGGGCCUCAGUCUGGUUCCGAUGAAGAUAUUCUGGAGUACUGGAGGCAAACUGGGUCUCCGGUUUUCCACGCCGUUGGGACCGUGAAAAUGGGAAAGGCCGGUGAGCCUGAUGCUGCUGUUGACAGUCGCUUUCGAGUCUUUGGCGUUGAGGGUUUGCGAGUUGCAGACUUGAGCAUUGUCCCAUUGGUACCGAACAACCAUACGCAGACAACUGCCUAUGUUACUGGUGCCACUUGCGCAGAAGUUUUGUUGAGAGAUUACAAUAUGGACGAGUAGCAUAGGUACUUAUAUGAAGCUUUGAUCUGUGGGCACUAUUCUUUACGAUUUGUACCUUGUGGUGCCUGCGUCUAUAAAAUGCGGUGGCCAGCAAGCCUAGCCUACUGGGCGACAAUCUUCCAAUCAGCAAUG